AUGUCAGAUGCUUAUCCAGAAUAUAUCGAAGAAUUUAGUAUUGAGAUAGCUGAUUACAAUCCAAUUGGUCCAACAGGCCGUAUGCCUUUACCAGAAACAAUACCAAAACGUAAUAAUGGAGCAUUACAUCCAGUUAAAGUUCAUCCAGAAAGAAAUCCACAUCAGCUAUAUGCAAAAUAUGUAGGGGAACUAAAUAUGGAGGAUAUCCCCAUUCCAGUACCAGUUUCUACACCAGUUUAUCAAAAAUUUGAAGAGAAUAACCCAGAAAUUAGCUUAUGUGUCUAUGAAUGGCACAAUCAAAAUAAAUGUCUUAACUUUCGUUAUCUCUCAGAAAGAAGAGAUAUGGAAUUCAAACAAGUAAAUCUUUUAGUAAUAACAGAGGAGGAUAGAAGCCAUUACUGUAUAAUCAAAGAUUUACACAAACUAGUAUAUAAUCAUAGUAAACAUAAAGGAAGAAAAUACCUUUGCCAAUAUUGUCUUCAUGUAUAUUCAGAUGAAAAAAGAUUUAACAAGCAUAAAGCAGAUACAAAAAAAUGUUUAGGAGUAAAUAACGCCCCCCAGUUACCAAAAGUUCCUACAGUAGAAGAAUGUAUAAAAAUAUUUAAUAAUCAUAAAUGCAUGCAACCAAAUCCAUAUCGUAUAUUUUGGGAUCUUGAAUGUUUAACAGAACAGUUAACUCCAGAAGAGAAUGCGCAAUUAACACGUACUGAAAAACUCCAAAGGCAUAGACCUUGUGGCUUUUCUUAUGUAGUGGUGCGAAUGGAUAGUUUUGGUAAGUAUGAAAUAACGAGCCAUUAUUUGUAUAGAGGACCAAAUGCUUUAGAAAAAUUUGUCGACAAGCUUGAAGAAGAGCUUGCAGAAAUUCAAGCCGAUUUAUCAUCACCUGCAGAAAUAAUUAUGGAACCAGGAGACCAGCAGCAAUUUCCAUGCAAUUAA